UCCGUUUCCUCCUUCUCCCCCUCAAAAAACGUAACGAAAAUCUUCUCUAUAUAAAAUCCCUUUCCCCAUUCCAUUCCAUGUCUUUCACGUAUCCUCUGUUCCUUUCCCAGCUAUAAAUAAGCCACCUCUUUUGCUUUUUCUCUCAUACAAACUCUUCCUACUUUCCUUCCGUAAACUACGUCUUACCUUCCUCUCCCUCCUGCUUCCUACCAAUUUCAUGGCCAAGAAUAUACUGGUCACCGGCGGUGCCGGUUACAUCGGCAGCCACACCGUCUUACAAUUGUUGUUGGGAGGUUACCGUACCGUCGUCGUUGACAAUCUUGAUAACUCCUCUGAUAUCUCCAUCAAACGAGUCAAGGAACUCGCUGGUGAAUUCGGCAACAAUCUCUCCUUUUACCAGGUGGACCUUCGAGACAAGCCAGCGCUGGAGAAAAUUUUCUCUGAAACAAAGUUUGAUGCUGUUAUACAUUUUGCUGGACUGAAAGCUGUCGGUGAAAGUGUAGAGAAACCAUUACUUUAUUAUGACAACAAUCUCAUAGGAACAAUUGCCCUGCUGGAAGUAAUGUCUGCACAUGGGUGUAAAAAUCUUGUGUUUUCAUCAUCAGCAACUGUGUAUGGCUGGCCAAAGGUUGUCCCAUGCACAGAAGAGUUCCCCUUGUGCGCAGCAAACCCCUAUGGACGAACUAAGCUUUUCAUUGAAGAGAUUUGCUGUGAUAUACAUCGCUCUGACUCUGAAUGGAAAAUCAUAUUGCUGAGAUACUUCAAUCCAGUUGGAGCACAUCCUAGUGGCCACAUUGGUGAGGAUCCUCGUGGAAUUCCAAACAAUCUCAUGCCUUUUGUCCAACAAGUUGCUGUUGCUAGGAGACCAGCCUUGACAGUUUUUGGAAAUGAUUAUAACACAGUUGAUGGAACUGGGGUGCGGGAUUACAUUCAUGUUGUUGAUUUAGCAGACGGGCACAUUGCUGCACUGCGUAAGCUAUCUGAUCGUAGCAUAGGUUGCGAGGUGUACAACCUUGGAACAGGCAAAGGAACGUCAGUCUUGGAGAUGGUCUCUGCAUUUGAAAAGGCAUCUGGAAAGAAAAUUCCUCUUGUCAUGGCUGGACGGAGACCUGGUGAUGCUGAGAUCGUGUAUGCAUCAACAGAGAAAGCAGAGCGUGAAUUAAAUUGGAAGUCAAAAUAUGGCAUUGAGGAGAUGUGCAGGGAUCAAUGGAACUGGGCAAGCAAGAACCCUUAUGGCUAUGGAUCUCCUGAGACUAAUCAUAGUUGAGAGAGCUUUUACUCCUGCUUAACUCUAUACUGUUGCUUUGCGUCACAUGCACAGUAUCAUAUGCUUAUAGGUCUCUGAAUUCUGGUAGUAGGUUUUCCUGAACUUCCAUUGACCACAUUCUUAAGCUGAUUAUUAUUUCAGUAGUAGCAUAUACCAAAAAAAAGAUAUAAAUAACUAAAUAAAAUAAACAGUGAAUAAAAAUACUACACAAAGGUUAAUUUAUAGAUGCCUCUUUUUUGUACCUAUUUCAAGUCACAAUGCUCUGUGGCUGUACAGGGGUGCUUUCUUUUUCCAGGAUAUUGAGAAUGUACUGCUACAGAUCUUAUCAGAAUCUAAAUUAUUUAUCCUCUUGUAUUUAGCCUGAUAAUUUUUUCCUCGUUAUCUGGUGUAUGUAAUGGCAAAUUUUGAGUUGGAAUCUUUUAUAAGUAAA